AUGACCGAAGAACCCGACACUGCCGCUCAUCGAACAUACACUGGAAACAUCGAGCUCUCGAGCGACUCGCGGAUCCGAGAGUCGCUCGAACUUGUCAUCAAAGCGUACGCCGCUCGAUGGCUUCCUCUCGUGUGCACUUCCGGUGCCAGCGUGGCAGCGGCGCACUCCCUCGCUCGCAGAUAUUGGAGGGAAGCUCGGGCAGACAUGCUCAAGGUGCAGAACCGCACUUCUUACCGAUCAGUACUGACGCUCUACUUAUUCGGCCUGACGCCCAUACCAGUCGGCAUCUCCGAUGAGGAAGAACAUGAUGGCCUGUCGGGUCCUGUCUGUGUACAGUCAGCUCUACAGCAAGUCUACAUGCUACGAGUCAGGCAGAAAAGCCUCCAAUUCAGCGGCGCAAAAGUGUCACCAAUCGUCACCAAAGCCUUCGCUCUCCGUCCGGAUGAGGUGCAUACCAACAGCUUCAUCAACGCUGAGAACAUCGCUCACUGGGCGGCCUUGACGUUCGACACAUCAGCUUCCCUGACUCUGAGCUCAAGACCGGUACUCUGGUCUGGACUAUUCGGCUACGAACGUGACCGGUGCUGGAGUCUCGUCAAGUCUUGCACAGACCAUUUUCACAGUAUGGUUCAGAAGGACUGGCACACCGACGGCCUGGAGAUCUCAGAGUCGAAGGCGAAUAUGGUGAUAGCGGCCGCAUCAGCCUUCAAACUGUUGAUGUGGAAGCUUUCGGCUGUAUUCCGAGAGGCACUACGUGAUGGCCACGAGGAUGCGACGGUCAACAAAGUAUGCGAAGCGGUGAUUGAUGCGGUUGAUCAGUUCAAUCGCACUUAUCGGGAUCUGUUAAACUCUUGUCAAAGGAGGAUACACUUUCUGAGCCAGGAGACAAAGCUGCGAUGGUACGUACUCAUGCUCCACUACCAUCUCUCAGUACUCCUCGUCACCGACGCCGUCGAAACGCCGCAAUGGCAAUAUCUCCUUCCCAGACUCCUCCCAGCCCGGACCGAAGCCGAAAGUUCCCUCCUCACAGCAUUGGCUUUCGGGCUCGAAACGACAUACGCCAUUGCUCUGAACGACGAAGUUGGCCAGCUUGGCACGAAUUCGAGCGCAGAACGUCUCACGGUACCUCUGCUGGUCAUCGAUCCGUACCCUCACCAUGUACUGGCUGCUGUGGAGCUGAUGCGUCGUGCAAUUGACCGAGAUGUCGCGGCGGGAACUUUGACUGCCGACUCGCACCGAAGCAUACUUUCGACUUUACACCGCGCGGUACAGUCGCUCCCGGAAAGCUCGAAGUCGGUGCAGGCGGCGAAGAAAGAGGCUCUCGGGCAGAAGAAUCACAAUGCUCCGACUCGAUGA